AGUCUCCUACACAAUACAUAGGUGCUCAUAAAACACUCUCACGUAGUCGUAUAAUCACGGUGGUUCCUACUACAGCUUUAUAAUCUCUGAGCUUCCCUCAGUCAUACGGAAAUUUCUCUUAGCUUCCCUCAGUCAUACGGAAAUUUCAGAGGCUCGAAUUCCAGGUCUAUAUAUCAGGUGUGCGCUAUGAGGAAGAAGGUUGAUGAUCGUGUGAGGUCUUUGAUUGAAAAGGGUGUGAAAGUUGGGCAUCGCUCCAUGUUUGUUAUUAUCGGCGAUAAAUCCCGGGAUCAGAUUGUGAAUCUUCAUUUCAUGUUAGGUAAGGCAGUCGUCAAAGCUCGACCAAGUGUUUUAUGGUGCUACAAGGAAAAACUAGAGCUCAGCAGUCACCGGAAAAAACGAGUAAAGCAAGUGAAGAAGAUGAUGCAAAGGGGUCUCCUUGAUCCAGAAAAGGCUGAUCCUUUUUCUUUAUUUAUUGAAAGUGGAGUGGUAUCUUAUUGCUUGUAUCGAGAUUCAGAAAGGAUACUUGGAAAUACUUUUGGCAUGUGUAUUCUGCAGGAUUUUGAAGCUUUGACACCAAAUAUCCUUGCAAGAACUAUCGAAACUGUGGAAGGCGGUGGUUUGGUAGUUUUGCUUCUUCGUUCUCUAUCUUCGCUUACCGCCCUAUGUAGCAUGGUCAUGGAUGUUCAUCAGAGAUUUAGAACCGAGUCUCAUUCUGAAAUAGUUUCACGUUUUAAUGAACGUUUCCUAUUAUCACUUGCAUCAUGUAAAGCGUGCUUGGUCAUGGAUGAUGAGCUUAACAUUUUGCCAAUCUCAUCUCACGUCAUGUCAGCCAUUGAGCCCUUCAAGGAUUAUAAUAAAAUUUUGGAAGCUCAAGAGGAGUUAAAGAUCUUAAAGGAACAGCUUCACGAUGUCCUACCUGUUGGCCCAUUGGUUAGUGCAUGCACAACAUUAGACCAGGGCAAGUCUCUUUCAACACUUCUUGAUGCCAUCCUAGAGAAAAAUUAUCAAGCCACAAUUGCUCUCAUUGCCUCUCGUGGGCGUGGUAAAUCAGCAGCUCUAGGUUUGGCAAUUGCAGGAGCUGUAGCUGCAGGGUACUCACGUAUCUUUGUCACUGCUCCCUCUGCAGAAAAUUUGAGGUCGUUAUUUGAUUUUGUCCUCAGAGGGCUUCGUGUCCUCAAUAUUGAGGAGCAUACGCAAUUUGAUGUGGUACGGAGCACAGAUCCUGUUCUUCGGAAGGCAAUAACACAAAUAAACAUAUUUAAAGAACACAGACAGAUAAUUCAGUACAUUGAACCGCAAGACCAUGCGAAGCUUUCUCAAGCAGAGCUCUUGAUCAUUGAUGAGGCAGCUGCUAUACCAUUGCCUGUUAUAAAGUCAUUGCUGGGUCCUUACCGUUUCUUGUCUUCUACAGUCAACGGAUACGAAGGCACUGGUCGCUCUUUGUCUCUGAAGCUUCUCAGUCAUUUGGAAAAGCAGAGUUACAAUCCUGUCUCUGGUAGGGUAUAUAAGAAAUUGGAACUGAGGGAGUCUAUCAGAUAUUCAUCAGGGGAUCCUAUAGAGGCUUGGCUUAAUGAUUUACUGUGUCUGGAUGCGACCAAUUCAGUUCCUCAUAUUAGCAGGUUUCCACAUCCUAAAGACUGCAAUUUGUACUAUGUAAAUCGAGACACCCUGUUUUCUUUCCAUAAAGAGAGUGAAAUAUUUCUGAAGCGUUUGGUGGCACUUUACGUGUCAUCUCAUUAUAAGAACUCGCCUAAUGAUCUGCAGUUGAUGGCAGAUGCUCCAGCACACCAUAUCUUUGUGCUGCUUGGACCUGUCGAUGAGGGGAAAAAUGUCCUUCCCGACAUUUUAUGUUUUAUCCAGGUGUGCCUUGAAGGACAAAUAGCACAAAAUUCUGCUAUGCAAUGCUUAAGAAUGGGCCACUUUCCCGGUGAUCAAAUUCCUUGGAAAUUUUGUGAAGAGUUCGAAAAUACAGACUUCCCUUAUCUUUCAGGUGUUCGAAUUGUUAGAAUAGCAGUCCAUCCCAGUGCUCAAGGGCAAGGAUAUGGCUCAGCUGCUUUAGAUUUGGUAACGAGGUACUAUGAAAGCAAGUUAACUGAUAUGGGUGAGUUGAGCUUUGAAGAAAACUCAAUUGACGUAUGUGGCAGUGUUAUUGAGGCUGCGAAGAAGAUCUCAUUGUUGGAAGAGACUAUUAGACCAAGGCAGAAUCUUCCUCCCUUGCUUGUUCAUCCCCGUGAGCGAUUGCCUGAGAGAGUUGACUAUAUUGGUGCAUCAUUUGGGAUAAACAAGGAUCUUUUUCGAUUCUGGAAGAAACACAAGUUUACACCUUUUUACAUCUGUGAUACUCCUAAUAAUGCCACAGGUGAAUGUAGUUGUAUGGUCCUGAAGCCACUGGAAACUGGUGGAAUUGAAAACAAUGGUUUAGGGUCUCUUGGGUUCCUUGCUCCAUUCCAUCAACGUUUCAAAACCAAGUUUGUCAAGCGUCUACCUCUAUGCUUUGGAGGACUUGAUUACAAGCUUGCAAUGAGCAUCUUGGAUCCAAAGAUCAGCUUUGAGGAGAAUGAUCCUUCAGUAAUUUCUCAGAAGGAAUCUUCCUUGUUGUUAAAGUUUAUCUGCUCUCCUGGUGAAUUGAAGUUGUUGGAAGCAUAUAAAAACAACUGUAAAGACUAUGGGAAGGUCAAGCAUCUCCUGCCACUCUUUGCCCAUCAUUACUUUAUGGAGAAAUUGCCUGUAACAUUGUCACAUGUUGAAGCGUCUCUUCUGCUAUCUAUGGGCCUACAACUCCAUGAUAUAACUUAUAUUCAGGACCAGAUGAAGUUAGAGAGACAGCAAAUCAUGCAUGUAUUUCGUAAAGUCAUGGUGAAGAUAUAUCAUUAUGUUAAUGAUGUUUUUACGAAAGAUUUGGAGCCAAGUUUCCCUCGAGAUAGGAUGGUUGAACUGAAGCCUCAUGCUGUGUCAGUUGAUGAAGAUCUUAAUGAUGGAGCAUGUAAAGCAAUGGUAAGCUCUUUAGGUAGAGCAGGGAACGAUGAACUCGAACUCAGUCUUCAAAGAUGCUCCAGGCUACCCUCGAGCGGAGUUCUUAGUGUGCCAAGCAAACGCCGGAAACACGAUCACAAGAUGAAGUAGGAAUGUAGGUGUUUCUUUUUUCGACUGUUUCUGAGCAAUCAUCUAUUUAUCCAUGCUCGGGUGUCUUGGCGGGUGUCUCGGGUGUUGUUAUUUAAGAAUAUGUAUAGCAGUAUGAUUUAGGUUGUGUAGACCGUCACUUAAUCUUUUCGAAUUCUAGUACAUUAUUUAUUAUCCUUAUUAAUAUUAUUAUUAUGCUUCAUUAUGCUUCA